AUGACUGUAGUGGAGCUUGAUAUGACGGAUGAUCCUGAGCUCCCACUGCUACUGGUCGUGCUGGCAGUGGCGGAAGGCGUAGAAGUAGACGUUCCUGUGCUCCCGGAUGUCAAGGAAGAGCCUGUGAAGGAUGAAGAGGAAGAGCCUGUUGUUCCGCUGCUACUUGUGGCGUUCAAACUCGCACUUGGGUUCAUGCUCAAGGUGGUAGAAAGCCCCGUGCUAGUCCUGGAGCUAUCGGUGUUGAAGGUGCUGGUGGAUGAAGUUGUUCCCAAGUUCGAAGAAGAGGUAGUUGAUGAUUGCGUUGAAGUUGUAGAAGUAUUGCUGAAGCUUAUCAAGGAUGUCGAGGUGGAGACGAGUGAAGAUGGAGAAGUAGUGCUAGAAUCUGUAACGAUGAUUGUUGACCCGCUGCUUGAGGAGCUCGAGGUACUGGAUGAUGACGAGGUCAAGAUUGUUGAGGUAUCAGUACCGCUCGUUCCUGUAGUAGUUGUGCUACCUGUGUCGGUGGAUGUUGAGGAAGUUGUCAGGGUCGAUGAUCUGGACGAGCUGGAAGAGUCUGAGGCUCUGGGAUUGAAGCCGUACACGCUGAAAUACUGA